AUGGCCACCAGCUCGACCUCGAAGAAUCCUUGGAAGCUUCUAGAUACGCCAGUCAUCCUUAUUCCACUCACCCCUGUGAAGGAUGGUCAAUGUCCUGAAUAUAGCGAGGAGGAACAAGCUAUUUUUGCUGUUGGUCUAGUCAAAGCCAAGCCGCAAAUUGAAAGGCCAAGCACAAUCUCCCUUAGGUCUGAAUUCUGUCAACUUAAGAAGGAAUCAGGUGGUGGUGGCUGUGGCUUGGGUGGCGGAGGACCUGGAGGCGAAUAUGGUGGAGGACCUGGAGGUGGAGAUGGUGGAGCAUCUGGUGGUGGGUUUGGUGGAGCACCUCGUGGUGGAUUUGGUGGAGGACCUGGAGAAGGUGGGUUUGGUGGAGCACCUGGUGGUGGCUUUGGUGGAGGACCUAGAGGUGGAUUCGGAGGACCAGGAGGCGGAUUUGGCGGAGGACCUGGUGGCGGGUACGGGUUUGGCGGAGGACCUGGUGGCUGGUUUGGCGGAGGACCUGGUGGUGGUUUUGGUGGAGGACCCGGUGGCGGGUUUGCUGGAGCACCUUGUGGCUGGUUUUGUGGAAGACCAGGUGGUGGAUAUGGUGGAGGACCAGGUGGUGGACAUGGUGGAGGUCCUGGAGGUGGAUUUGAUGGAGGACCUGGUGGUGGAUAUGGUGGAGGACCUGGAGGUGGACAUGGUGGAGGAAAUGGGGAUGGAGGUGGAGGUGAUGGAGGACCUGGUGGUAAGUUCAGUGGAGGACAUGGAGGCGAAGACGGUGACGAACCUGGUAGUGGAUUUAGUGGGAAAAAAAACUAG